AUGGAGUUGCCAGAUUACCCUCCCAAGGUUGACAUCAAGACCCAGAUCUACGAGCAGCCGCCAGUCACAGCCAAUGCGCUAUCAAGCUGGGACGAUUUGGACGUAGAUGAGAUCGCUCACAGCGUUGUGACGGAGCUAUCCGCUGCUCUACAGCAGAAACGUCACCGAGACGUGGAGAACGUCUUUGCUACCUCGUCCGCGCACUGGAAGGACACCUUAGCCUUGACGGCUCAUCUCAGAACAUUCAAAGGCAGGCAGACCAUUGCAUCGGCAUUGCUAGAGUUGCACGACCAACGAAAAGUUGGCCAUCUUCAAUUUCACAGCGGGCAAGUUGUGACGGCGACUGAAGACCUGAAAUGGCUAAACUGCAGCUUCGGUUUUACGACCGGGUCACCACGAGCGUUAUGCCGAGGAAGCAUGAUGCUAGUCCCGGAAGUUCAGGGACCCGAUCAUUGCCAGUGGAAGAUAUGGUCCAUGAGUACAUGGCUCAAGGAGUGGGAGGAAUACCCGGAAGAUGAGGCCCUACUGAGGGUCCCCUCUAAUCAAAUCACCGAAGAUGACUGCAUCUACACCGAUGUGCUAGUCAUUGGCGGUGGCAAUGCGGGUAUCGUUCUAGCUGGCCGCUUGAAGGCUUUGAACGUUGACUUUGUCGUCAUUGACCGAAAUAAACAGGCGGGGGAAAACUGGUCGCAGCGAUACGACUGCAUGCGCUUUCAUGUCUACAAAUCCUUUUGUGAGAUGCCAUAUCUCCCGUAUCCACAGUCAUCCAACGAUGGCCUUACCCGGGACCAGCUGGCCGCACAGGUUCGAGCUUUUGCCCACGAGUUCGACCUAGAACGUCGCGUUCUUCGCAACACAACGGUGACUGCUACGACGUACAAUGCAACCACCAAAACCUGGAGGGUGGAGCUGAAAAUUGGACAGAGACGAAGAUAUCUGGAAUGCGCAUGCUUGGUCCUCGCGACUGGUGCUGGGUUCUCCGGCGCUGCACCUCUGCCGGACCUACCAGGGCGGGAGCAGUUCAAAGGUCCUAACAUGCAUUCUGGGAGCUUUCGUAACGCCAGAGAGCUUGUGGCAGACGGCGCCAAGUCUGUGGUCAUCAUUGGUUCUGCCAAUACCGCAUUCGACGUGAUGACGGACUGCCAUGACUCUGGCCUCCAGACUACUAUGGUGCAAAGAUCAGAGACUUAUGUCAUCCCAAUGCACUACUUUACUCAUCCCUUGGGGUUAGGGGCAUACGACGUUAUGCCGACCCAAGACGCGGACCCGAUUGUCCAUGGAAGCCCGCUGGCCGUUGGUGGAAAUGUGCUUCGGCUGGUCCACCGAAUGCUAGCCCAGGCAGAGCCUCAUCGAUACGAUGAGGUAAGGAAGGCAGGGCUGAGAGUCCAAGACUCCUUGACGGGUGAUCUAAUCAUCAAUCUCGUGGAUCGCUGCGGGGGCCACUUUGUGGAUAUGGGUAAAGGCAUCGAACUCAUCUCGAAGAAGAAGGUUGGCAUCCGCUCCGGGGUAGUGCCCAAAGCCUACACGUCCGAAGGAUUGUUGUUGUCGGACGGCAGCACGCUGGAAACCGACGCCGUUGUGUGGUGCACUGGUUUUGGCGACCUUGACGGCAGGAAAAGACUUUCGAGCGAGCUUGGAGCUGGAUAUGAAGCCAUCGCCAGCAAGCUGGAGCCAACGUGGGGGUCAGACGCCGAAGGUGAGGUCCGCGGGCUUUGGAAACGACACGCAGGAGUCGACAACCUCUGGAUGUUCGCCGGCGGAACUGGGCAGCACAGAUGGUUCUCCAAGGUGAUCGCUCAACAGAUCAAAGGAGUCCUAGAAGGCUUUUUGCCAGACGCCUACCGGCGAACACCGCAACCUCAUAUUGCAGACCACUCCCCGAGCAAAGGUAUAUUGGUUUCAAACUUGUAA